UUCGCCUCCACCGACUCGUGCUUGAUACACUUUCCGUUGUUCCGUAGCAUCGCACGGGUUCUUUUCUUUUAUACUGUAGGUUUUUUUCUUUUAUACUCCUAUUUAAAUAAAAUAGGAGUAUAACAACAUAUAUAUCAAAAUUUGUCUUAGACUUUGGUGUGCUAUCCUUUUCUUUUAUACUGUAUUUCAAACUUAAAAGGACGCGCUGCUUCCUAAUUUUUGUAGAGAAAAAAAACAUUUUUUUAGAAGAGUUGGGUUUGAAUUAAUAAUGCCCAAUUUGAUGGGCGUUAGGUGUUGACGCUGUGCUUAUCCCAUGCUCUAGGUUAGAUUAGAGUUGUGUGCAAUGCACUACUUACUUCCUAAUGCAUGGCAAGUUUGACCAAACACCAAGUGUCGGCAUAAAAUUUCAACUACUGGACCUUUAAUUAAGCUUAAUUAGCGUUCAGAAAGCGGGUUCAUAAUACGCAUUGGGUUCAUAAUACUAAAGUUGGGGCGAGAAUCGUAGACGUUUGAAAGAUUAUUUGUUUCCGUUCGCCUGUUCUGGUCUGGAUGCGGGUGACGUAGCUAAAGUGAGAAUCUUUGCUCUAGUCUAUUCGACGUACGUUGCAUUUCCGAGACGAGAAAGCGGAGAUUUCUGAACGAAAACAGGAUGGCAGGGAAUUUCACGAGGAACAAAGUUAACCAAAAGGACCAUUUUGGAACGGAGCGGGCGGCUAGUUUGGGCCGGGUCGCGGCGGGCCUACAGUAGCGGGGAAGUAGCCGGGGGCCGUUUCGCCUUCGUCGGUCUGGCCGGGCCCACCCUGCCGCACAUGCAUGGCGUUCGUUCGUUCGUUCGUUCGUUUCUUUGUUUUUUUUUCUCUCUCUUUCUCUUCGUUCCUCCUCUGAUAUCUCUCUGAUCUGCCAGUCUCCUUUGCGGCGUUCCAUCGAAUUCUACGAUCGUUGCGUCUUCCGGCCGGAUCCCAUGCGUGAUUAAUUGUUGGGUGGAUGGCGACGGCGAAGGCGUUUAUUGGAUCCAAAUCGCCCGACUGCUUCCAGCUCCGAGACCCUAAUUCCUGGGUUUGCUUGACUGAGCUCGCGAGCGAUGUAGUCGUUGAGGUGGGAGAAGUGUCUUUCCAUCUACACAAGUUCCCGUUGAUCAACCGAAGCAGCACGCUACAGAAGCUCAUCACCUCUUCCCCAACCUCCGACGACGACAACAAGCAGCCAUGUACCGUCAACCUCGACGACCUCCCCGGCGGCCCGGCCACCUUCCAGCUCGUGGCCAAGUUCUGCUACGACGUCCGGAUCGAGCUCACCGCCGCCAACGUCGUCCCGCUCCGAUGCGCCGCCGAGCACCUCGGCAUGACCAGCGCCGGCUCCGCCUCUGCCGCCAACCUCGCCGAGCUCACCGAGUCGUUCCUCCGCGACGCCGUGCUCCCCAACUGGGACGCCUCCGUGCGCGCGCUCCAGACAUGCUCCGGCAACGCCUCGGCAUUGUUGUCGCGCUACGCCGAGGAGCUCGGCGUCGUGUCCCGGUGCGUGGAGUCGCUGGCGAGCAAGGCGUGCGCUGACCCGACGCUCUUCGGGUCCCCGAUGCUCGCGUAUUACACGGCCAAGGAGGACUCAGAGUCUGCGUCGGGGUCGGCGGCGGUGAUGUGGAACGGCAUUGCCACCGCCGGGAAGCCCCGGGCGCCGGGGGCCGGGUGGUGGUACAAGCAGGCCACGUCAUUGCACUUCCCUUUCUACAAGCGUCUCAUAUCCGAGAUGAAGUCCAAGGGCAUGAGCCCGCACAGCGUCGGCGGCUCGCUGAUGCACUACGCUACGCGGCACAUCUCCGGGCUCAACACCCGGAAGCUGCUCGGCGCGGCGGCGUCAUCGGAGCCGGAGACGACGACGACGGUUGUCACGGACGUGGACGGGGAGCGGGCGCUGCUGGAGGAGAUCGUGGCGCUGAUGCCGCCCGAGAGAGGGGCGGCGACGGCGCGGUUCCUGCUGGCGGCGCUGCGGACGGCGGCGGUGCUGCACGCGGGGGAGAAGUGCCGGUCGGCGCUGGAGACGAUGGCCGGGGCGCAGUUGGAGGAGGCGGCGCUGGAGGAAUUGCUGAUCCCCAACGUCGGGUACGCGAGCGAGACGCUGUAUGACGUGGACUCCGUGCAGCGGAUGCUGGAGCGGUUCUUCGUGAUGGCCGCGGAGUACGAAGGAGAGCUCUCGCCGGAGAUUGUCAUGGCAGAUGGCGGCGAUGGCGGGAGGGAGGUGUCCGGCGGCGAGCUGGCGGCGGCCUGCGGUGCGGUGGCGAAGCUCGUGGACGGGUAUCUCGCCGAGGUCGGCUCGGACGCGGGGCUGAAGCUAUCCAAGUUCCAGACAGUCGCCGCGCUCGUCCCCGACCACGCCCGGCCCCUCGACGACGGCCUCUACCGCGCCAUUGACAUCUACCUCAAGGCGCACCCGGGGCUGACGAACACGGAGAGGGAGCAGGUGUGCAGGCUGAUGAACUGCCAGAAGCUGUCGCUGGAGGCGUGCACGCACGCGGCGCAGAACGAGCGCCUGCCGCUGCGGGUGGUGGUGCAGGUGCUCUUCUUCGAGCAGCUGCGGCUGCGCACCACCGUGGCCGGCUGGUUCUUCGUCUCCGACAACGCCGUCGCCGCCGCCGACCCCCAGCGGCCCGGCAGCAGCAACAGCAGCUCCCGCCCGAGGAAGAGCUUCGCGGGAGGCUUGGGCGACAUCGAAUCCGCUGCCGGGUCAGAGGAGGAAGACGACGACGAGGCGGAGAUUGAGGACCACGAUUGCCGGAGCAGCAGCGAGCAGGCGUCGGUGGAGGAGAUCCGGCAGCGGGUGGUGGAGCUGGAGGAGGAGUGCUCUAGCAUGCGGCACGAGAUCCACCGCCUCGGGAAGCCCAAGGGCGCGCUCGGCAGGCUGUUCCGGAAGCUCGGGCUCGCCAACGCCGGCGGCGGCAAGUCCUCGUCGUCGCGGCAGCUGCUGAAGAGCUCGAGUGAGGGGAAGCGUAGCAGGUUCUUGGAUUUGGGGUGCUGAUUUUGGAAGAUUUAUUAAUGUCCUUAUGUAGUUUCGAUUCAAGUUUGUUUUCGGUUGUAGAAUAGGUAGGCCAUGGGUUCCAUUUUGUUUUUAACUCUUGCUGAAAUAAGGUUUUAGAGCGUACGACA